UUUCGUUGUACCGCCGUCGGAGAUAUACCAUCGGCGCAGGGGAGCAGAAACUGCCCGCCGCCGCGGAACUCAGAUUACGAUUAUGAACUUCGGGAAAAAGGAGGCGCCAUAACAAAAUAAUUUUCUUUUAAAGUCCGUGCUUCAUCCCUCUCACAUUCAGCGGCCGUUCUGUGAAUCAAGUCCCAAAUCUUCUUUUCUUCUUCCGCCUCAGAUUCGAAUCUCGAUUUGUUCCCCCCGCGGAGGAGAAUUCGAACCCAUCUCGUUGGAUCUCUGGCAAACUCGCAAAGUCGAUCGCUUUUCAUCGGGAUCUUUCCUGGGCAUUCAGUUCCUCGGUCUCCGUCGUCUUUGCUGUAGCUAGGAUUUUCGAAGAAUCAGCUGAUGCUUUGUUUCUCUCUAGAUUGGAUUCUUCAGUAACCAUGUCGAGCUUGAAGUUUGAGGGUUUCUGCUAGGGCUUCUUGCCCCGAAUUUUGGGAGAAUUCAGCUGCUUCCGGUUCCUCCAACUUCCGUUGCCUUUUAGGGUCCGAGAACACUUCAAACUUGGUCGCUGGAGUGUUUACGGUGAUUAAGGUGUUUGUUGGGCUCGCAUUGUGACAAAUUGGGCUCGUUUCGUAGUUGCUAACUGCCAAGUUUGAGGCUUGGUUUUGAAGAAAUAUGUAUGGAGAUUCUGAUAGCAGUACUGAUGAUGAACUUCCAUCAGUUCCAAAUAGAUUCCAACCCGGGGUAAGGCCUGCUGGGAAUGGAAGGUCUGCAAUGCCUGGGUCUGCUCCGCUAGCUAGGAUGCAUGCUGAUAUGGAAGUUCAAAUUCACGCUAUUGAACAAGAAGCAUAUACCUCUGUUCUGCGGGCAUUUAAAGCUCAAUCAGAUGCCAUCACCUGGGAAAAGGAAAGCUUAAUUACAGAACUCAGAAAAGAGUUGAGAGUAUCAAAUGAGGAGCAUAGGGAACUUCUAUCCAGGGUCAAUGCCGAUGAUACCAUCCGAAGGAUGAGGGAAUGGAGAAAGAUGAGUGGAAGUCAACCAGGCGCACAAAGUACUGCCCAGCUUGGACACGAUCAUGUCCCUAGUCCAUCGGUUUCUGGAUCACGCAAGAAACAGAAAUUGUCACAAUCAGUUGGUUCGUUAUCCAUGGGUGGCCCUCCUGCGUUGCACCCACCUAUACAAGCAUCUGCAUCGGCCGUAAGACGAGGUCCUCACCCUGCAUCUAAGAGCAAGAAGCCCCAGCCUUCUAUGCAGUACCCAUCUACAAGCUUAGGUUCUGGAAGGGGCCAAGUCGCUAAUAGAGGACCUUCUGCUGCAUUCCCGGCCAAUGGGCCUGCAGAGGCUCCCAAGUUUAGUCCAUUGAUUGGAAGAAAAGUUUGGACUCGUUGGCCUGAAGACAAUAGUUUCUAUGAAGCUCUUAUCACUGACUACAAACCAGAGGAGGGUACUCAUGCUUUGGUAUAUGAUAUGUACACUCCUGAUGAAACAUGGGAAUGGGUCAAUCUCAAAGAGAUACCUCCUGAAGACAUAAGGUGGGAAGGCGAGGAUCCUUCCAUCUUCCGCAAAGGUGGACGUCCUGGACCUGGACCGAACAAGAAAUCCAUACCGCGUGGUGGUGGUCCCCCUGGAAGAGGUAGAGGACCCACCACGAAGGGCCCUAAGAAGGAUCAUCUUCUGCCAUUACAGAACGGCACUCGUAAAAAGGCUGUGGGCGAUAUCGAGAUACUUCACACUGAUACCCUAAUAAAAGAGGUGGAGAAGGUCUUUGGUUCCAAUUUUCCUGACCCUAUGGAGAUCGAGAAAGCAAAGAAAGUGCUUAAAGAUCAUGAACAAGCUCUUGUGGAUGCAAUUGCAAGGCUUGAAGAUGCUUCAGAUGGUGAAAGUGGUAAUAUAUGAAUAUAUAUUUAUAUAUUGAUAACCAAAUGUUCAUAUUAGUAGAAUGGAGUUCAAAAUAAAGAUGUGCAGUCUUCUUGUUGUAUCAUCUAAGUGUAAACUUUUUGGAUGUUCAGAUUUAACUUGUAAUAUUUAUGCGUAAAAGUUCUUUUUAGACUUCAAAAAGAUUGUUGAUCUAGGAUCAUUUUGCCACACUUGAAUCUUUGUUCAUUUAUCUUCCAUUUGUAUCUCAUCCAAACAAAGAUGGAAAAACAGUUGAACUGUUCAGCAAAUGUUGAUGGCUACAUUGAGUUAGAAGAUGAAACAAUGCGAUCUUUGUUCUCAUUGUGUUUAUUGAAAGCAGAUGGGGGAAGAACACAGGUUUCCCGUGGGCAAUCAAUGGAUCAAGAGCGAUCGAGAAAACAGGUGUACAACCCUCUGGAAGGGAACAAAGAGGGUCAGGGAGGGUAGAGUGCUGGAUCAUAUGAUGAUCAGUAGUGUACCAUAACUUGUACAAUAGAGUGCUACAAUUCGAUAGGAACUAAUCAAAUACAUGUGGCUCUAGCUAUUUAAUUCCUUACAGUACUCAACAAUGGAAGAUGUAACCUUUGAUUUGAAUCCCCCUUGUAAUUUUAUGGUCCUUGCUACUUGGAUACUCAAUUCCUUGUGUAAAUUGCUAUGAAAGAUUUGUACUUGUUAGUCCUGAAAGAUUACUCCAUUGUCCUGCUCUGUGUAAUGGUACUGCAGAUCAAAACUGUCUAGACUUUUCGGGACAAGGUAUAAUGAAUGCAGGGUAGCAAAACUGUGCAAUGACUGCUAUAAAUCAUGAUAAGACCACAUUGAUUUGAUCACCGGAACUCGUUUGAUUCAAUUCAACAGGUCUCAGAGGUAUCACAAACUGACCUAUGUACUUGCAUAUGAACAAUAUAAACUGUCUGGGAUACCAAGGUAUACCGGUGAUCAAACCGAUAUGAUUUUAUCACAGUUUAUAGCAAUUCUUAAAUGGCUUUGCUAUCGUACCUCCACUAUACCUUAUCGUUAGUCUCACGGGUUAAGCUUUGAUGAGGUUCACAGAUUUCUCCACGCCACACAAAGGAGCAAGAACAUGGCGAUGGAAAUCGCAACCUGAAGCAUCAUUUACCACCAUGAUCGAACACACAGACUACUGCCACGUAGCAUCAUCUGUUGUUCACUUACAAAGAAGCCGCAAAAGUGAGGAUGAGGUUGGCCAUCUGAGCAUCAUAAGCAGGACCUUCCAUUUGGAAAUGGCUGGCCCCUUCAAUGAGAUGGGUUUCGACUCGGCCAGCUGCAGACUUCAACUUGUUCUGCAGCUGUUUAACGCUCGUGAACCCGUCCUGUGUUCCCAUAAUGAAGAGCUUUGGUUUCGUAGACUGUAGGAUGGCCUUGUGAUGCCUCCCAAAUAGCACGGAGGCAAGCAUUCCGAAAGGGUACCCUAUGCUUACAUAGCCGACAACUUCCUCGAUCUGAUCAACGGAAGACCCAGCAAUUGGUGAACCUGGCUCCGGAGCCGUCGUUCAAAAACAGAACCGAGCCUAUGGGACCGGAUGAUCUCGAGGAUUCUAACCAACGGUUCGGAUUUCACAGCGGCGACCCGCUUCCUGGCGGGAGAUACCUCGUCGCCACCCUCGGGCUCUUCGCCGCUGCUGGUCACGGCGGCGACUCCAGCGCCUCCGCCGCCAUCGCCAUUUACUCCGCCCCUACGACGCCGUUUCUUCUUCCUCAGCGUCAGGCUCACAGAGCUCUGCACGUCACUGCUCUGUUUCUCCUUCUCUUUCUCCUCCCGCUUCGACUCCCCCACCGACUCGCCCAAUUCGUUCGACUCGCCGACGAGCGGAGUCUGACUCGGUCUUGGCUCCGUCUCGCUGGGCGAUUUCUCCUCAGGAUUCCCUCCGCCUCCUUCCGAUUUGACGUCGUAGGAGCAAAUCCGCUCCUCAGCGGACGGGUAGGAGUGGACCGGAUCCGAUUCGGACUUGGUUGCCGGUUCGGGUUUCGUGUCCCCUUCUCCCUCCUCUUCCUCCUCGCUCCGCUCCUUCGCGGCCGCGUUCACGGCCUUCUGUUGCUGACUCGUGGAAUUAGACUCGUUGAACGACCGAUCCUCCCCGGAAUCGUAGCAGCCGCCGGCGGAUUUCGCGGCCGACGUUGGCCGACCUUCUUCCUUCCCUAGAUCUGCCUCCUCCUUCGCGCCUCCCACCCUCUCCUCCUCCAAUCGCUUCACCUUCAAUUCCAGAGACUCGAUCGAGACGUCCCGCCGCUGGACCUCACGUCGCAGCUCCUCGACGCGGAGCCGCCGGAGCUCGUCGACCAUAGGGACCAAACUGGUCGCCGCCGCGGCCGGCGGCGGCUCCUCCCUCCUCGGAGGCAUGAACCGUCGCCGGAGGUCAUUGAACUUGUCCCUGCACUGCUGCGAAGUGAGGGAGGAGAGGCUGGAAGUCCGGUUUUGGACUUCUACGGCUACGGAGUCCCAGCUCUUUGUGCCGUGGCGGUUCACGGCGCAGGCCAGCAGCAGCUCUUCCAAUGUCCCCCAAGAAGAUAUCGGGGUUGUUGGUGCGUCGCGCUCCUUAGCCAUGGCGUUGGUUCCUUAAUAACUCCAUUUUUUUCUCCUUCUUACAAUUUCAUUUUUGUAGUCUUUUUCGGUUCUGCGAUUUAAGGGGAAUUAGGGUUUUUGGC